AAAAAAGAAAGCGAAGAUGAUGAUGACACGAUAUAUUAUUAUUAAUAACAUAUGAAAUUGAAAUUUAAUUUCACGUAAGGAGUUACCUCCACCUCCAUCCUACUGGAGGAAUCCUUUCAAACAGAAAGAAAGAAGCAAACAGACCAACCCAGCAUCAAAUAUAAAUACUACCUUUCUUUCAACUUUCAUAUCUUCCCUCAUCAAUUCACUUCAAGUAUAUCUACAGAGCCUCGUAUAUAUCAUGGACAGCAGCAGCAGGAAUAAAUGCAGUGCAUGCUAUAGACAGUUCAACAAAAUGGAGCAUCUGGUUGAACAUAUGAGGCUAUCCUAUCAUUCAAAUCACGAACCUACUUGUGGAAUUUGUCAAAAGCACUGCAGGUCAUUUGAAUCUCUCAGGGAGCAUCUCAUAGGUCCUCUGCCGAAAGCCGAAUGCGAGAGAAUAUUCAAGGAACGAGGAUGCGAUCUUUGUUUAACUAUUCUCAGCACUCGCUACGCUCUUCAGGUUCAUCGAGAGAAAUGUCAGUUUUCACGUGGAAACAAUGGGCUGCUCUACCGAAUGGCAAACCUCGGCAUUCAAGAUGAGCUGAGGAUCGAUAAUAGCCGUGAAAAAGUGGUGUCGCUUGCCUGCAAAAUGGUAGGCGGUGGAAGCGAUGGAUCCUUGGAUCUCUGUGGAAGAGUAUGCCUUAUUGAUGACCAUGAGAGGAUAAUCUUUCAGACAUAUGUCAAGCCACAACUUCCAGUCACAAAUUACAGGUAUGAAUCGACAGGCAUACGACCGGAAUUCUUGAAGGAUGCAAUGCCAAUAAGGCAAGUCCAGAGAAAGAUUCAAGAGUACUUAUGCAAUGGAGAGCCGAUAUGGCAGAUCCGGUCGAGAGGUGGAAAAGCUCGAAUCCUUGUUGGCCAUGGAUUAGAUCAAGAUUUGAAAUGCUUGGAAAUGGAGUAUCCAAUGAUUUUGAUCAGGGAUACAGCAAAAUAUCCUCCAUUGAUGAAAACAAGCAAGCUCAGCAACUCAUUGAAAUACUUAACAAAAGCAUACCUUGGUUAUGACAUUCAAAGUGGCAUACAAGAUCCUUAUGAAGAUGGUGUUGCCACAAUGAGGCUUUAUCUGAGAAUGAGAUCACAAUCUCACAAGGUUGAAGACCACCCGAUAGCUUCGGAUCCGCAGAAUCGAAACAACUUUGCGUCGUGGCGACAAAGUGAGCUCGAGAGAAUGAGUCCAGAAAAGAUGCUCGACUUGUCAAGAUCAGAUUAUUACUGCUGGUGCUUAGACAAAUAUAGUUAUAGUGCCACUGCCACCGCCACCUGGUGAUCGAAUUACUCAAUAUUUGGAGACCACCACAUUAACAUAUACAUUCUCUAUUCCAGAUCUAUAAUGGUAGUGCACAAUAAAAAAUAAAAAAACAUAAACAUGAUAUGAUCUGAUCAGCUUUAUGCAUGCCAAUGCCACCCACCCCACCCUACCCUUCAUGUAAAAUGCAUUUUUAUUACAAUGUUCCCAAUGGCUUUACAUUGCAUGUAUUAGUUACGCUAGCUUGUAAUUAUAUAUAUGGUCAGAAGCGCUUUGGUGAAGAUUGGAACAAUGCAACUCCA